AAGAGGAGAUUCAGUCUGUACUUCCGCCCGUGUGUGUGUGUGUCAGCUGAUCCGCAUCCUCUCUGCAGCGAGCGAAGGCGACUGCAACCACCUGCAACCAGAAGUCAAGAUGCCGAUGUUUGUGGUGAACACCAACGUGGCCAAAGGCGACGUGCCCGCGGCGCUGCUGUCCGAGGCCACCGAGGAGCUGGCCAAGGAAAUGGGCAAACCUGCACAGUAUAUAGCUGUGCACAUCAACCCUGACCAAAUGAUGAUGUUCGGAGGAAAGGGAGACCCCUGUGCACUCUGCUCCCUUCACAGUAUUGGAAAGAUCAGUGGCGCUCACAACAAGAAGUACUCUAAACUUCUGUGUGGUCUCCUCAACAAACACCUGGGCAUCUCUCCUGACAGGAUUUAUAUUAACUUUUUUGACAUGGAUGCAGCCAACGUAGCCUGGAACAACAGUACCUUUGCCUGAGGCGGAGGUGAACACACUGACAUGGAAAAACCAUUCCAGUAUUUUGUAACAUGUACAAGCGUAGUCGACAGUGACAGAAUGAAAAAGCAGACACCUGAUACUGUACGCCUGUCUUAUAAGCACUUAGCAGGACCCUUUAGCUUUGCACUGACCCUUUCCCAGUUUUAAAUGCAAUAAAGUAAACCAUGUCAACAAUAAA